AAUUUUUAGCUUACAUAAUUUGUGUUGUCAUGUUUACUUAAAAGUUCAAUAACUUAUUUUGAAUUUAUUUUAUGAAAUUAUCGUAUACGCAGUUGUUCGAAACCUCUGUUUUAAUCAACAUUUUAUGCAAAUUCUGCACAAUAAAAAUCAUGUAAUGUAGUUUGUGAAUGGCGAAUUAAUACCUCACACAUUUGAUUAAUGUUAUAUAUCGUGUCGGCUUGAUAUGCAAAUACGCAUUUUCUUGAAAUGUCAUGUGUAAAUGAUAAUAAAUUCAUUUGGAUCUGCUUUAACUAUUGUGUUAUAAAUCAAGAGACAUCUCUCUUGUAUACUGGGUUAUGAAUUUUGUGACAUAAUGUUUAAUUGUCUAACUAUUAACUGUAAAGGAUAAAUGUACAAACAAAAAAUGAGGACAUUUAAUGAAUGGUGACAAGUUCCACCGAUUCGCUAAAUGUAACAGCCUGGAACCAGUAUCAGACGAUGGUAAUGAUAUUUCUAUUAUAACCAUUGGCGACAAUGUCUACAUAAACGGGGAGGCAGUGAAUGGUCACGUGGAAACUAAUAUGGCCAGUAGCAACGACGCAAUGGAUAAAAAUAAUGAUCGCAUGAACAAUAACGAGAAAGGGCGGUUUCUGUUUAAGAAACAGACCAGCAAGGAAGGGUAUGGACUGGCCGCCAUAAUGAGGGGCGAGUCCCUGGAUGAGAAAAGGAAGAAGUUGCGAUCAGCGAGUAAGAUGUCAACAUUGUUUGAGGAAUACUCGCUGUCAAAAAUAAGGGCAUCAUUCAAGGAGCUUGAGAUAGAGGACAUGUAUCAGAAGUACUGUCUACAGAUGCGUAGAUCCCUCGUUCUCGUUCUACUAGUCAUUAUAACAUGUAUCCUCGUAUCCCUGCUUAUACUUCAUCUAGCUGAAGAGAAGAUCGUCAUAGAUGGUUCACUAGAAGCAGCAUUUAUGGUUUUAUGUGGCGGCCUGUUUGUAACUUGUCUAUUCUUUCCCCUAGUCAUCAUACAGAAGUUCUAUAGAAAAGCUCCGAGUGUAAUAUCUGCCGGAAUAUGGGCCGAUAUGUUACUAAUUAUAAACAUCUAUAUGAGCGUGAUGCAAAAAACUUCGGCAAGCGAUGAUUUACCAGCGGUGUUUUUUGUGAUUAUAGUGCUAUAUACAAUGUUACCAUUGCCGAAGAAGGUCUCGGUAGUGUGUGGUGUUUUAAGUAUGACAAUUCAGAUUCUUAUGGCAGGAUUAAUGGCUGAUUUAAACAGAGAAAAUCUCGUUUUUCAGUUGUUUUCAAAUUUAGUGCUAUUACUGGGUGCAAAUUUGAUUGGCAUCUAUCACAAGUAUUUAACGGACAUCACUCAUAGACAUACAUUCCUGGAGGCCAGAAAAUCUAUAGAGUCAAUGGUGAAACUUGAGAAAGAAAAGAAAGAACAGGAGGAGUUAUUGACAAGCUGUAUUCCGAAAGAUUUGAUGAACUCCAUGAAGGAGGACCUUACACGGAAGAUGAUGAGUAAAGUACCGAAAAUUACACCAUUCCACGAUCUUUAUGUAAAACAUCAUAGUAACGUCAGUAUAUUGUAUGCAGAUAUUGUGAACUUCACGCCACUCGCUGCAGAAUGUACAGCACCAGAGCUGGUUAAGAUGUUGAAUGAACUUUUUGGCAGAUUUGAUCAACUAGCAGAGAAGAACAACUGCAUGAGGAUCAAGAUUUUAGGAGAUUGUUAUUAUUGUGUGUCUGGUCUGCCAAUGCCCACAGAAAAACAUGCCAUAAACUGUGUGAAAAUGGGAUUGAAAAUGAUAGAGGCUAUAAGGAAUGUUCGGGAAGCAACUGGGGUGGAGGUGGACAUGCGGAUUGGCGUGCACUCAGGGACUGUACUGUGCGGGGUCCUCGGUUUGAAAAAAUGGCAGUUUGAUGUGUGGUCAGAUGAUGUCACCAUUGCUAAUCACAUGGAGUCAGGAGGCGUACCUGGGCGUGUCCACAUCUCCAAGGCAACUUUGUCAUAUCUUGGUGAAGAGUUUCAGGUGGAGGAAGGAGAAGGGUACAAACGUGACUCCCUAUUGAAGAGCAGAAAUAUUAUAACUUACCUAAUUAUUCCUGUGGAGAAAAGGAAAAAGAAAGUAACAAUCAGUGUAGAUGAGAUGGAAGGAAAGCCUAUACGAUCACGUUUCCAGAGCAACACACGUGCAUCUGUCCGCGUGUCCCAGUAUCUGGAGAGCUGGGGUAUCGACAAACCUUUUUCAAAUCUUCAAGUUAGCAACAUGGCCACAAAGCUUCUAAGUGUGACGAGUUUAGCAUUUUUAGACUCGUCACUGGCAGUGAAUCCUGCUGGUUCAGGAAAAGAAAAUCAAAGCAGUGCAGCUACAUUGACGAAACAUUUUAACAAUGAAGUUAACAAAACAUUAGCCAGAAAAUCUCAAGAUCUUGGCUUUAGCAGUUUUUGGUCAGUUACUGGUGGACAGGGAGAAUUUCAGUCAACUAUGUUACUGUUUAAUGAUAUAGACAUAGAACAGGACUAUAUACAGCGUGUUGAUCCUGCCUUCAAAUUUUGUUCAUUAUGUGCAGCAGUAUUAUUUUCCUGUGUAGGAAUCGUCCAACUUCUUAUUAUGCCAAGAGCACCUUCUGUGAUAGUUAUAUUUGUGUUGGGAGAACUUUUCUUCAUCACCGUCGGCUUUAUGUGUUUUGCUGACAAGAUCAUGAAAGUAUCAAAGUGUACACAGCCGUUAACGAAGGUAUCCGAAUAUAUUCUCGACAAACACUGGUUACGUACCAUCCUAGCAUUCAGUUGUGUAUUGUUUACAGCUAUCAUGUCAACUGUUGGCCUGGCUGGUUGUAAGGAGAGUACUGUUGACAACACGACCACUAACAACAGUUAUAACAGCACUAGUCAGCAGUCGGAUGAUCUCAUUGAUGUAUGCAGUUAUCCCAUGUAUACAGUCGUAUGCAGCCUGUGUGUACUAAUCUGUAAUGUGAUAUUUUUGAAUGUGGCAUUCUUCAUCAAGUUAUUAAUUAGUGUGACAAUCUUUAUUGUGUAUAAUAUUAUCUUCCAUGCUGGUAAAGACACCAUACUACCGGAAUCAUACUCUACUGCCAGGUAUUUUGCUUCAAUGAGUGUAGGUGAUCAGGCAUCAAUGUAUCUGACCAUCUUACUGGUCACCAUUAUUAUACUAGAUAGACAGGUUGAAUGCACCAAUCGUCUCGACUUUAUUUGGCGACGUCAGUGCCAGAUGGAGGAAGAGGAAGUUAAAACUACUGGGGCGCUCAAUAAAAUGUUACUAGAGAAUAUUCUACCUGUACAUGUGGCGGAAUACUUUCUCGGAAAUACUAGAAAAGAAUUGUAUAGUGAGUCAUACGAGUAUGUGGCAGUGAUGUUUGCAUCUAUACCAAACUUUAAAGAGUUCUAUCAACAAAACAGUGCUAACAAACAUGGGCUCGAGUGUAUCCGAGUACUUAAUGAGAUUAUAGCCGACUUUGAUCAGUUACUAUCCCGGGCUCGUUUCCGUGGUGUUGAGAAGAUCAAGACCAUAGGAAGUACAUACAUGGCUGCUACUGGUCUGCAGCCAGGCAGGGAGAAGUCUGAGGACCCAGAGCAAGGAGAGAAGAAUGUUGUUACCAUGACAAAUUUUGCAUUUGCUAUGAUCAAAUUCCUAGAUGAUAUCAACUUUAACUCUUAUAACCAGUUCCAUCUUAGGAUUGGGAUCAAUCAUGGGCCUGUCAUGGCAGGUGUAAUAGGUGCCAGAAAACCACAAUAUGAUAUCUGGGGAGACACUGUUAAUGUUUCAAGUAGGAUGGAAACUUCAGGGAAAGAGGGAAAAGUCCAGGUAAGAGAGGAAACAGCUGAAAUUUUAAAACGUCAGAAUUUCAAAUGGGAAUAUAGAGGAGUGAUAAAAGUGAAGGGGAAAGAGCCAAUGACUACAUACUUUAUAACAGGCAUACAAGAUGAUAGUGAUCCCCUGAUUACUUCCCCUGUUACAAUAAAUGACCCAGCAAUUAUCUCCCCUGAUCAAAUAAACAUUGAAAACGAGACAGACAAAGGUAAAAAGGUGGAUAUUCCUGCUGGUCAGGAAGAAACACCCUUGGAAAGGAAAACUGGCUCCAUGAUUUCACAAAGUGGGGCCUUCUUUGUUGAGAAAGGUAUUUAUGAGCAAAAAAAUCAAGUAUGUUUUAAAUCAAAUCAUGGUUCCUUAGAUAGUUUGCCUAUAAGUAAACAGAGUAUUGAUGAGGAAGAAGAAGAUGGCUAUGUAGAAGAUGAUGAAGAUGGUGACUCAAAUGAUGUUGUGUUUGAAGUAAGCAAAACAGAGGAAAGUGUAAUUAAAGAUGGAAAAGAUGGUGGUAUAGAAAUUCAGGAAAGUUUGGAAAGAAAGCAGAAUGAUAGUAAUGAUAAUGAACAUAACAUUGUGAAGAAUGAUUCACUGGAUAGCAGAAAUACUAAAGAUGGAAGUGCAAAUGAUGUAAAUGAGAAAGAACAAACCACUGAAAAUUUGGACAAAGAAUCUCAAGGUUCUGUUAUAGCAAACUUAAAUUAUGGUAUAGAUAAACAGAAAUUGAAUAAGAAUGAAUCUGAAAAUAAUUCAGAAAAAUGUAAAGCAGAUGAUGAAAAUAGACUAAAUUCAUCUGAAACACAGGUAAUUGAUGAGAAUAGGGCAGAUAUUGAGAUUACUGAGGUAGUAAUAGAUACUGUUGUCGAAGUGAAUCAUGAACUUAAAGACACUGAACAGUCUCCUGGUGAUGUAGAUAAAACCAUUGAUAUAAAUGAAGAUGAUAUUAAACCAGAUUCAAAACUAAACAUAAGUCAUGAAGAAAAUACAACUAAAAUUUAUGUUAAUGGUGGUAAUGAAGAAAAAACUGUUACUUCUAGAAAAGUUAAUGAUGCGGGUGAUAAAACAGAUACUAAUGUGGAAAAUGAUAGUGAUGUUAGACAAGUCACUAAGUGUAUAAUAAGUGUUAAUCAUAGUAAUGAAAUUGACAUAGAUAAGUUAGAAAAACCUGUACCAAUUGUUAAUGGUUGUGUAUUGGGUCAUCAUUGAAGGUAUCAUGACAAUUUUUUAGACAAAGUUCAGAAAAGUGAUAAAAAGCAUCCCAUGACAUGAUAAGCUGUAUUGUCACCUUAGUGCAAUAACUGGUUAACUCCCAAUUAAAUGUAGAAGGACUUAACCCAUUACUGCACCAAGGUAAUGGUAUGAUAAAAUAAAAGAUGUUUUAAACUCUACACCUGAUGUAUGUUCUAGAUUUACAAUUUCUGUCAUUUAUUUUAUGUUGGGAAGUUAAAACAGUUCUUCUUAAUAAUUAAUAAAUCUAUCUGUAUUUAAAUGUUUGAUUUAAUUUUGAUUUUAAAAAUGAAAAAGGCCCACUUUUUAUUGACUGGUUUGUCAGAAAUUUUGGUUUGUUUUUUUAAACAUGAUUUUAGUUUUGAUUAUUUUCUAAAUCUGUCUAAAGCUCACAGAUUAACUAAUUGACUCCUUAUUAACAACUUUUCAUAUUGUUUGAAAUUUUAGAAAUUUGAAUUUAAAUGUUUUUAUCAUUGUUGAAUAGAGACAGGCGAUAAGGAUUCAGUUAAAAUUAUGUUUUUAAUACUAGAUGAUGUUUAGAUAUGUAUGAUUGUGAAAUGUUGCCAAAAAAUUUGUUAUACCGUUGAUAUUUUCUUAUGAUGUGUUAAAUUUAUGAAUACUCUGGCUUCUAUUUAUAAUAAUGUUAUAGUAAGUAGUUAACCUUUUAAACAUGUUUGUGUAAAUCUAGUCUGUUAUUAUAUCUCUUUUGUAUAUUUUUUUUAUAAUAAAAGUAGAAUUUUUAAAUUGCAUUUUACAUUUAUACAUGUAUAUAUAUUGGUAUAUUUAAAUGGAGACUGUAAUGUAUAAUUGAUAAAUUUUGUAUUGAUUCAGUUAUAUAGGACCAGUCACAGAUUCUUAGUGUUGAUUUUUUAAAUCACUGAUAGCCUCUUAAUAAACGAACACUCAUUUAUCUUGCUUCUUCUUAAUGCAAUUAUUUUGAUUAAAGCAUUCAAUAAAUACCUUGUCUGUUUCAUAGAAAAAAGUUGAGCUUCUUUGAUUGCUGCGGCGUUGUUAUUGUGCAAAAACUUUUAUGUUACCCUUUAUUCUCACAAUUUAAAAGUAAUCAGCAUGAAACUUAGAAUACUUGCUUAUGAUGACAAGGUGCAUUCGUUAGACAAGGGGCAUGGACAAGGAGUUUUGUCCCUUUUUGACUUUUGAAUUUUUCUCAGAAUUGGUCAUUGAUAGUUGUUGUCCUGAACAGACAAGUGUUCAUACUUCAUGUGGUGAUCUUGUUUUAAACUUUUACAUUUGACAUUUUAAAGCAUGACAGUAACCAUGACAAAAAUUUUUAUUGUUUUUUUCUCGGUUUUAUUUUUUAGAGAGAACAAGACACAAAUAAAGUAUAACUUGGUUAAAUUUGGCUUCAAGCACUCUUUUAUUUUAUACUUUCUGAAAAAGAAUAUCUCUGACAAUCUUUUUAGUACAUGUAGUUGGUUAAAUGUUUUUCCAUCUUUCUUUGACUUGUUCCAUCUCAUAUUGAGCUCUCAUUUAUUGACAAUAUCUACAAUAUUUGGUUAAAUAUAAUUGGUAUAAAGGUACAGGUUCUGGUACCUUGCAUCAAUCUCUAUACUCACAAAAUUAAUGGUGUUUAAGGUUGAUCGGGUCAAAGCAACUAAAGAUGUAUCACAAUAUUGGUUCUCAUUAAUUAAGCUGAAAAUUUAUUUUUGAACAUGUUUUGACAAAGUUAAGCUGCAUCAAAUAGGCAUUUGUGAUUAUUCAACCUUGUCACUGAUGUUCUGCUUUAAAAAUGUAUAUACCAACAUUUUAGUGACUUCCUAAUUCCUAAGAUAUCUUAGAAUUGCUUUCCAUAAGAUUUUCUAUGGGUAGUUACAGACUUUGUAAUACAGUCUUUAGGGAAGUGAAUGAGAAUCAAACAAAUGCAGAAAUGAUGUUACUGCACUUCUAUUGCAAUUUUAAUUGAUGGCAUUUUUUAUAAUUUUUUAUGUCUCAUUUACAUUUUUAUAGACACAUCAUCACCUUAGUGCAGUAACGGGUUAACUCCUUAUAUAAUUUAAUAGGAGUUAACCCAUUACUGCACUAAGGUGCCAACAUGUUAUAUGUCAUUUUGUUUUCCGAGCCAUUAAUGAUGUAAUCUGUUUGUUUAUGGUGUUCACAAGAAAUUUAUGAUAUAUCACUCAUGGAUAUUUGUUAUUAAAAAUUUGUACAUAAUCGUAAGACAUUUUAAAUAAGUGUAAACACAUCAUUCUAGUCAAGGUAGUUAUGUCAAACAUGGGGGUUGCGUUGGGUUGGGUAACCGUCAGUUUACUUUUUUCAAAGAUGUAUGCAUAUUUUUGUACUUCCCUUGUGCAAUCUUUAUUUGUUUAGCCAGUCCAUCAAAUCAUUUUGUUUUUCACUUUUAUACUAUCACUUGAAAAUGUACUCUUAAAGUCAAGUGAAAAUCGUUACCCUACAGUAAAGCGAAAAUCAUAUUUUUGUGCUAUUCUUAGCCCAAUUUGUUCGCUUUUCAAUUUUGGGUCUUCUUGUCACAAUUAGUAUAAUUAUUCUGGAAAAAAGUGUGAGGAAAUGAUCUGAAAUUUUGUAAUUUGUAUAGAAAUACAUCAAAUGGAACAUUAACCUCAAAAAUUUAUUUCCAGUCCAAUCAUAAACAUAUCAAAAAAAGCAAACUUGGGAAAAUGCACUUAGACUUUUAAGAAAAGUAAAAACAUUAGGAAUUAAAGUUAUCUGCGAUUAGUGACUGAUUUUGGAGUAUUUAUCAACAUAUUUCUACUGCAUGACUAGGGCUUUUUUUGCAAAUUUCAACUAAGUGUUAAAUAUUAUUACUAUUUUGUUCACUUCACAAUAUUUUACUUUUUAAAAAUAUUUUCAUGAAAAUUAGCAUGAAUCUGGAGGCAUGCUGCUUUAAAAAGUUUGGAAUAUUUGAUAAUCUGACAGUUUUUAUAUAUCUUUGUUAAGUACAUGUAGUU